AUGGCCGCAGAACCGGAAAUGGACGGGGCAAUGCCAGCAGAUGAGGCUGACUCCAAACCAGCAGAGGAAGCUGACUCGGAGCCCCAAUCAUCCGAGGAGCCGAAAGAACCCAGCCCUCAUCAGCAACCACCGACCGAGACAGAGUCACCCGAAGCCGAGCCGACAGAGAAAGAGGCUCCAGCGCAACCAUCGACAGAGUCGGCGGAACCAAAGCCGCCCGAGGUGACAGAAACUUCAAAUGAAAAAGAUGAUGUCGAUCCACCUACAGAAAAUGCCGAUACUCCAAAGGAUUCUCAACCCUCCGAGACAGCCAAGGAAGAGGCAGUCCCAGAGCCUUCUUCGGAAAAAGAGCAAGAGCAACACCAGCAGGAAGUAGCAGCAGCAGCAGCCAAAUCAGAACCUCCGCAACCGGAAGAAAAAGAGGAAAUCUCAUCAGCUAGUCGGGCAAACAUCACACCGCCGGUGCGAACAGGCAUUAUGAAAGCAGCUAUUGCCACUGGAAUCAAAGACUUUGAUGAAUACAUUCAUGUUCAUGAAUUUUGGCCCCAACCAACACUGGCAACUGCCAAAGAUGGCAAGACGGGAAAGCCAGUGUUGCAACUAUUGGAAGAAAAGCACAUGAUUGUCAAGGUACUGGCAUGUGGCGUGGCACCUGGGGACUGCCGGUUGUUCAAGGGGAAAACUGACUUGAUGCAACUUCCAAUGUCAGGGCGUCCCUAUGUUAUUGGGAGUGACAUCUGCGGCAUUGUGACAGAAGUUGGCGAGGAUGAAAGCUACUACAAAGUGGGCGACAAGAUUAUUGCCCGCUUUGAUGAACCACAAGCCUAUGGCAUGUGUGCCGAAUAUGCUUGUGUCAAGACACAUUUGAGUGAAAAGUGUCCGGCAUCCAUCCCUGCCACAGAGGCAUGUACACUGGCAUCUUCGGCUUCUGCGGCCAAACUGGUGGCAGAAAAGUUCAUUCAAAAGGAUAGUCGUGUUUUGCUUCUUGGAGGGUCGGAAUUGGUAAAGUCUUUGGGAGUGGACCGUGUCAUUGAUUAUCGAGUAGAGAACUGGUGGGAAUUGGAGAAAGAAUUUGGAGAGAAUCCAUUUGAUGUAGUGGUGGAUUUGGUGAAUGGCCAGAAUUGGCAAAAAGGAGCUUGUUCUGGAACAACCGUGUUGAAAUCCAAGUUGCCCUAUGUUCAGCUGUUGUCGGGAGUGGAAACAGAGAUUGACAUGGGAAUGGGCUACAUUUCCAUGGUACCCUUUGUGUUUACUAUUCUAGGACGAUCACUCUAUGCCAAGCUGCACUGGUCAUGUCCGACCUGGGAGGUGCCUCAAGGGUUGGAACUGAAACCAGGUCAUCUCAAGGCUCUGUUAGAGGAUAUUGCCGAAAAGAGAAUCCGUGUUGUCUUGGACCCAGCAAGUCCAUUUGAGUUUACAACCGAAGGUGUCCGGGCAGCUAUGAAACUUCAGAACUCCAUUCAUGCCCAUGGGAAGGUUGUGAUUGAAAUUGCCAAGGAAGAGUCAUCUGAUUAG